AUGCAUAGUGAGGCCGAGGCCACGGCCGCCAGCACCGGCAGGUCCCUGUCGCUCGUGUAUGAGUCCGAGAAGAUCGGGGUCGCCUCUUCCGAGGAGCUCGUCCGUCAGCGAGGAGUCUUAGAACGCACAGAGAAGAUGGUGGACAAAAUGGAUCAAGAUUUGAAAAUCAGUCAGAAGCACAUUAACAGCAUUAAGAGUGUGUUUGGGGGAUUCGUCAAUUACUUUAAAUCUAAACCAGCAGAGACUACACCUGAACAGAAUGGCACCCUCAUCCCCCAGCCCAACAGCAGGUUGAAAGAAGCUAUAAAUACAAGUAAAGAACAGGAGGCACAGUACCAGGCCAGCCACCCAAACCUCAGGAAGCUGAAUGACUCAGACCUCAUCCCUGAAGGGACCGUUUCUGCUGUGAGUACCGAGGCUUACCCGAAGAACCCACACCUUCGAGCCUAUCACCAGAAGAUUGACAACAAUCUAGAUGAGCUGUCCACAGGACUGGGCCGGCUGAAGGACAUAGCCUUGGGGAUGCAGACAGAAAUUGAGGAGCAAGAUGACAUUAUUGGCCGCCUCACAACCAAAGUGGACAAGUUAGAUGUCAAUAUAAAAAGCACAGAAAAAAAAGUUCGACAGCUUUAAAGACAGUGAAGAAUUUCCACUCCAUUACGAUGAAAACAUUUGAAAGAUCUUCUUUUAAGUUCCCAAGAAAUUUCAUUUAUUAUUUUAGUAUGUAAUUUAACAUGUGUUUGCAAAUGUUAUAAUCGAGUGGGUCUUAAGAGAUUUUGUUACGAGGAAGUGUGCGUCCCACUUUUUCUGAGCCAACACCUCGCUCACUUCUUUGAACUGAAUGCUUAGAAUUUUAGUCUGAGCACAGUCUCCUUGCCUUGAAUAUCGUGGGCCUUUGAUUAAUACCAUGCUGGAAUGAGAAGGAAAAACUGCAUUUAUGACUUUAAUGAGCAUAUGGAAAGAUGUGGGUGGAAUUUUAAUCCCUGUUUAUGGUAUGUCAUUCCUAGGCCUUACCCAUGAGUCAGAGUGCUAAGGGACCCUGUGAGCCAGUUUGUGUGGGAGGAUCUUUCCUUCCCAACACCUUUAUUUCGCAGCCCUGCUCUCUGUGACACCUGGAAAUACGCAGGGAAUUGGAUAUUCCUUCUUCCCGAUUGCCCUCAUCUCUGACACACUGUUCCUGAUUAGGGGCAGAUUCUCCACUGGCUCAAGGCUGUGCCUGGCUGACCACCUGGGGGCACUAUGUAGUUGGUGGGAAUGGAGCAUCACAGAGACAUGGCCAAGCAGUGGUCUUCCUUCACUGAGCCCUCCACUCCUCUGGACUCUCCCUGACCAGCCUAAGUAUGACUGUUCACUCAGUGCCUGGGUCUCUUGACCCCUCCAGGGUUCCCACUCACUCUCCUUACAUGUCUGACAAGAUGACUUGACUCAGCGCUUGGUUCUCUGCUGCCAGUUUCAGGACUGGAACUCACAAAUGAUGCUGACUGUAUAAAAGGAUUUGGCUGAAAGAGAAAGCCCUGCAUUAUCAUUUUGAACUGGUCCAGUUUGUUCUUCCAUUUUACAAAAAGAAUCACUUAAAAGCAUUAAUUACAAUUGAUUUUUAUAAUUAAAUGGAUUCUUUUUGUGUUGGUACUCCAACAAAAUAAUUGAAGCCACAAGGCACUUUCUGUUUUUAAAAAAACAAAUCAAUUAAAAUAUUUUGAAGAUGUUAAAGUGCUCAAAGGGACUGAUUUUAAUAAGGCAGUUUAGGUCAAUUUUUAAAUAACAGUGCCUUUCAACUUGAAACAUGGCACUGGCUAAGUGACCUUCACCACUUCCAUUUUGUAGCCUAUAAACAAAUCCCUUAAAGCAAAGGAAACUUUUUUAAAGUACUGCAGCACUGCAUCAGUAUUUAUAUAACAAUUCGUUUGUUAUAGGUCCAUCCCAUAAUGCAUGACCUUCCUAAAAGUACUGACAGCCUCCAUCAGUAGAUAUUUACUGUCAAGUUUCAGCCACCUCAGGGAGUAUGAUCCAUGUCAUGAAUAUCCCAGGACGUGAGGGUGUGAUUAAAAGUAAUUACUAGUAAGUUAGACAUUUAUCAGAUGAGCUCAUUAUGAUUAUUCUCUUCAUAACUGGUAAAAGGAAAAUUUUUUAAACAUGUACUCAGCCCAAACUAAAGUUCACAGGAAUUUCAGCAAAAAGGCUGCUAAAAAACAUGAGGCCAGACUACAGAGCAGCUAGGAAUUACAUUUCCACUCAUUCUAAUUGUUUCUGUAUUUUUCCUCGCUUAACACCUUCCUCCAUGUAAUAAUUGUUUCUCCUUGUUAUGAGGCAUAGACUCAUGAAGAUCAGUCAUUAUACCUCAGACCUAAGCUUUUUAUUUUCAAAUAAAGACCAUCUUACUGCCAAACAUUCUCUUCUGCAACCUUCCAUAUGCCUAAUGGGAUUAGUGAUUUAACUGACUUGAAGCACAGUAGCACCGUAUUUUAUGUAACUUCCCUUUCUUUGAUUGAUGAAGCCAAUCAGCUCACCCCAUAUUUUUAACCCAAGCAUAUGGAAGGAGAGUUGCUCUCACUUUUAAAGAAGUUUAUCUUCCUCUGACACAUUUGUUUUUGUUCAGAUCCCCUAAUUCUAAGGCUCUGCCAAGGGACUGUCUCUAAGCAAUGUGCUGGCCAGCAGCUUCUGUCUGCUGGGUCUUCACCCCUUUUCCCACAUUCCCGAAGGACCUGUUGGUGAUUCUACUUUAUAAAGCUAAGUUGUGUUUCGGAGAACAAGGGGAGACCUAAGGAGUCUCUUUAAUCUUUGCACAUGAUGGUGAUGAUCAAAAAGAAAACAUCUACCCUCUAGAGCAGCGGUCGCCAACCUUUCGGAUGACCUUGGCGACCGCUGCUCUAGAGACACUCAGAGGUGCCCAGGCUAGGGUUGGGUGCUGGGGGCUUUGGUACAACAGACAAGACCAGUGAACUCGUCCUCCUUGCUAGAUGAGCCCAUAAGACAUUUUUAUUUCCACUUUUGAGCUGAAAACAAACUGUGCCUUCAAAAAGGUGGCUUUUCUAACUUUAGGUUGGUUAUAUGUUAAAUGUGCUACUAACUUUAAAAAAGUACAUUCUCCAGUGGAAACUAUUUCUAAUAUUUAGUGUUUUGUAACUUAGCAGUGGGGUUGUCUCUUUUGCAUUCUGUAGGAAAAGAGACCUGAAUUUAACUUAGGUGACAAGAAAUACAGAAGUGUAUUUUAAUUUCUCUUAACUUCUUUUUAUGAGUAUGUAAUUUUAAGUGUACACUACACCGAUUUAGUAAACAGCUUAUAGUUUGCCUACAUAGACCUUGUCUGCAGAAUUUUUAAAGUUAGCAAUGUUGUUGAGCAUCUCCAGCUCUGAUGGAUGAAAUGUCUUAUGUACAGAAUCAUGAUCUAGUCAUUAAAAGUGCUCAUGGGAAGGUGGGCUUUUUCUUCAGAGUCUAUCAGAACAGCUCUUAUGCUCCAUGCCUUCAACUUAAUGACCAUAUUCCAUAAAAUAAAAUGUGAAGUUUUAAAAUCAA